AUGUCCUUCUUUAUCAGCAAGACCUGUGACGUCUUCCCGCCUCGCCGCCGAGGUCAGUCCGACGGGGCGUUGCGCAAGGAACUAAACGCACGCGGCGCACCCCGCGACUCCGCCAUCAUCACCAAGACUGAACUGGAUAUAAUCCGCGGCAUGAUCGAUGGUCGGUUCCCUGGCAGCCUGAGCAGCACGGCCGCGACCGCGGUGGCCCCACGCACGCACACGGAAGCCGCCGAGGAACACCGUCGCCGCAUGCAGGAGUUUGACGCGGAACGCGCCCGAAACGGCGUGACCCCGCGGACGGCAGAGGAGAUCGAGCAGGCGCAGCUCCGGCAGGUAAACCUGGAGAAGGCGCGGCUGAUGUUGGACGAGGAGUGCGAUGAGGUGAAGGCCAUGAAUCGUGUCAUCACGGAGGCCAAGUGUGUCGCCACUCGCGAGGCGCAGCGGCGGGAGAAGCAAAAGCGCAUGGAGGAGGAGGCGGCGUACAACCGCCAGAUGGACGCCCUCAUGGCACAGGAGGCGGAGACGGCACAGCAGGUGUACCUCGAGCGCGAGCGGCAGCGCAUGGAGGAGCAGCGGCGCAACGCUGCCAUGAUCAAGGUGCAGCUGCAUGAGCGGUAUGUGGAGCGGGUGCGCCGGCUGGAGCGACAUCAGCAGGAGCAGGAUGCUAUGAGUCGCCAUAUAGAGCGCCUGCAGGUGGAGGAGAAGGCGGAAAAGUUGCGCCGUAUCGAUGCGGCCCGGCGGCUGAUGGAGGAGGCCGCCAUCGCGAACGCUGAGCAGAUCGCCCUGAAGCAGCGCGAAAGGGAGAUGGAGCUCGAGGAAGACCGGAAGAUGGCGGAGUACAUUAAGCAGAAGGAGGCGCGCGAUGAGGCCUACGCUGAGGAGCAAGCCCGUAUUCGGCGCGAAAAGGAUAUGGAGAUCGCGCGGCUACGUGCGAACCAGCAGCGCGUGCAGGACAAGCAGGCUGAGCUGGAGGAGCUGCGGGCCCGCCGCGUGCAGGAGGCCUACAUACGUGAGGAGCGUCGAAAGGAGAAGGAGGCGGCGGAGCGGGAGAGCGCCAUGCAUGCCGACCUUCAGCAAGCCCGCCUCGCCCAGGUGGAGGAGCGCAACCGGCAAAAGGCUUUAGAGAAGGUGCAGGAGCAGGAGGAACUGGACCGCAUGCUGGCGGUGCAGAAGAUCAGUCGCGAGCAGGAGCUCGAGCGCCAGGCCCGCACUCGCCGCCUGCAGGAAGAGAAUUCGCUAGCGUUGCUGAAGCAGAUGAUGGAAGUCGAGGAGCGUCGCCGUCGCCAACGGCAGGAGGAGAUCGAAGAGGGCAACCAGCUCCGAAAGGCGGCACGCGAACGGCAGGCAGCCCUGGAGGCAAUCCGUGACCGCAAGUUAGGCGAGCUGGAGGAGCUGGACGUGCCGGAGCAGUAUCGCCGGGCCCUCCUCAAGGUGGGCAAGUGA